CUCAAAAGUUUCAAGAUUUAUGCUCUCCUGAGUCUUUCGGGAGUGCGGAUCCAUUGACUGACUACCUUUCCCUCCUUCCAAGCACGCCUUCCUCCUUCCAUAUAAGGAGAAGCAGCUGCGGGGGGCGUACCCCAGGGUCUAAAGAUAGCGACCCAUGCGUCCCUCUGGCUCCAGCCUGCGGGCCAGCGGGCAGCCGGCGGCAGGGGAGCCGCCAUGGCAAGGCAGCAUGCCCCCACCUUGUGGUAUGACCGCCCUAAGUACGUGUACAUGGAGUUUUGUGUUGAGGACAGCACUGAUGUCCAGGUCCUCAUCGAAGACCAUCGCAUCGUGUUCAGCUGCAAGAAUGCAGACGGAGUGGAGCUGUACAAUGAGAUUGAGUUCUAUGCCAAGGUCAACUGCAAGGACUCACAGGAUAAGCGGUCUGGUCGCUCUAUUAGGUGCUUUGUGAGGAAGUGGAAGGAGAAGGUGGCCUGGCCCCGGCUCACCAAGGAGGACAACAAGCCAGUGUGGUUGUCUGUGGACUUCGAUAACUGGAGAGACUGGGAAGGAGAUGAAGAGGCAGAGCUCGCUCAGGUGGAACAUUAUGCAGAGCUUUUGAACAAGGUCAGCACCAAGAAACCUCCCCCUGCCAUGGACGACCUGGAUGAUGAUUCCGACAGCACUGGGGCAACAAGUAAUUAAUGUCUGGUGACCACAGAGACGAGCUGGAAAGGACCAGGAGGAAGCCGCCUAUUGUACAGUCACUCUGAUGCUCUAGCCUGGCUCUCUGCCAACUCUUUGACUAUGCUCCAGGGCCCACUGGGGUCGCGAGACUCAGAGAUGUGUGUGAAGGGUUCUCCUUCAUGAUGUGUUUGACUAUGGUUGGUGCAUAAGAGGAGCAGACUGGGGGUCUGUGACUCCCUACAGAUUGGCCAAGGCCUUGGGGCCACUCAGGGCUCACUUCUGGUUUUGGAGCCUGUAUAUGUGGUUACAUUUACAAGACAACCAAAGAAGCUGUACUUUGUCAGUGAAUGUCAAUA